ACUGAAUUCAUUAUAAUUGUCUGUAGGCCUACAUGAGAGGCUGUGUGCUGCUGUGAUGAUUCCAUUUUCCCAAAUGACUAAGGAUUUUUUCCUAAGGGAGACGAUAAAGGGUAAUCCUAACUAAUUAUAUAGUUAUUGAGAUCAGCAGUAUUUGUAUGUAUUACUAUUAUAUCCGCAGCGGUCUAAAUGCUGUGCUCUGACAUCAAAAUUAAAUUUUACCUUGAGAGGAGAAAACAAACUACCUGGACCUCUAGCAUCCAAAAAGUCAGAACAAGGAUUUGUCUGAUAGCCCUAACCCGUAACACCAGACGAGUAAUUAGAGUCUCCUUAAUGGCUUCACGGAAACAGGUGUUCUAAACGCCAACGGUUCAACUUGUUUGCGAGGCAGAUCUGCUCAGUAGUCCAACACUGACACCAUGCCAGAAGUAAAGAGCACAGAUCACUACUUGCCACCGCUGAGAGAGGACUUUGAGGGACUGUUGGGCCGUUUCCAGCUGACCGAAAGUGUGCGAUAUGAGCAUUUCGCUCCGAUUUGGAGAGAAAUGAACCUCUCAUCUAUUCACUAUGGCAUACCUCAAUCCAACGAGAAGAGGCUCUUCACCAAACAGGCUUUGUCUUCAGCCUAUCCAUAUUUACUGCCUCCUUACAACUUCCAGAUCAGAGUGGGAGGGCUGUACCUGCUCUAUGGCUUGUAUAGCUCUCAGCUAGCUUGGCCGCGGGAAAAGAUUUGGGUAGCUCUGAAGGACUGGGAUAACAUUCAGGAGUUUAUCCAGAAUGCGUGGGAAGGACAGCACUUGGAUGUGGUCUAUGUUUACUGGAGGCUUCAGUCCGGGAAGGCCUUCCUGUACAGUGCUAUGCCUGUUCCGUUGCUUUUCGAAAAGAGGCGCCCCGUCCCAAAGCCGCAAGGGCAAGAAUUGCCUACAGAGCGUCCUGAACGAGUGAAGACCUUUGUCAGCUUAGACACCAAUAAGGAGAUGAGGCAUAUCCAGGAGCGCUAUGAGAAAAUGAAGGUCACCUUGUCCUUGACCUCCACUGUGAGUGCUACACAGCGGGACGUCGUCAAGCUAAUGCAGAACUGUGCUCAGGAGUAUGAGCGACAGCAGGACUCCAAGAACGCCAGCAAAGACUGCGCUGACUACGCAGUAUUCUCGGAGAGGGAAGAAUCUUCAAAGCGGGCACAGCUGCUUGAAUCCAUUAAGUCCAAGUCAUAUGGACUCCUUACAGAGGCAUCUAAGUCCCGUCGCCAUCGUCAGGUGGAGGGUGAGGUGACGAGCUCUGUGCCUGAUCCGUACGCUGAGUAUUAUGCCAGUGGCAAAAAACGCACAAUCUCAUUGAAGGCAAGGACCUGCAGAGCCCUCGGAGAAGAGGGGAAGCGUGACCCAACGCACCACUGGCUCUUGAGCGCGGCAGAGAAUGACAAGGCGGCACUGAAACGAAAGACACAAAAGGGCAGAUUCAAGUGGUGAAUCGUCUGGAACGUCAGAAAAAAACAAAAACUUUAUUUUUGAAAAGAUUUGUAUUUUUUAAAAGGUUAUUACAUAUUCUGUUGGAUAUUUUGAACACCAUCUGUAUUUGUAUAGUUGAAGUAGUCUGUUUGUUUGUUUACCUCUAUAAUUGUAUUUAGGUUUUAUUAAUAAAAGUUACUUUAUGCUGCACACUCUAAAUUCUGUUUUAUAUGGUUUGGUUAAUUGUUUUUCCUCUAGCUGAGAUGGUGGGAAAAGUC